AUGUCCAUGCUUUUGUUGCUCACUUUGCUCCUAAUCCAAACUCAAAGUGGUGAAAACACUGUUAUUAACCACCCCUUCACUUUCUCCUUUGUUUCUUUUAACCCUGAAAGUUGCACCAAUGGUGAAUUGCUUUGUAUGGGAUCAGCCACUGCAGGAAAUGGGUAUUUAAGUCUCACACCAGAUCCACAACAAAGUAGCAAUUCAAAUUUACCACUAUCUUCCACAACCAACAACGUGGGAAGGGUUCUGUACCCUCAUCCUGUUCAUGUUUGGCCAGCAAUUAUCUCUACCACCUUCACUAUUAGGAUAACUCCCUUUUCAAAAAAUUCAACUUUCUCUGGUGAUGGAAUGGCACUAGUGUUUGCACAGGAUAAUAGGCCCUCACCAAAUGCUAGCUAUGGCUCAUACCUUGGCAUGAUUGAUCGCUCUACACAUGGGGGUGAUUUUCGUCAAAUAGCUGUGGAGAUAGACACUUUCAUGAAUGAAUUUGAUCCAGAUGAAAAUCACAUUGGGAUAGUCACUACAAGCAUCACAAAUCCACUAGCAUUUGAGAGUCUCAAUAGCACUGGCAUUGACCUCAGAAGCGGAAGAGACAUUGAGGUCAAAAUUGACUAUGAUGGAUGGAACAAAAUGAUUUUUGUCUCUCUGGGAUACUCUGAAGGCCAAUUAAAGAGUGUCCUUAACCAUUCAAUUAACCUUCCUGACAUAAUUCCAAGCUCCAUUUAUGUAGGUUUCACAGCCUCCACUGGCAACAAUUUUCCUGAAAGCCAUCAAGUUCUCAAUUGGGUGUUCACAUCAGUGCCACUGCCUAGUCUUUCAGUUCAGCCAACUAAAAUUGGUUCCAUCAAGACCAUAUUGAUAAUUGUCAUGCCAGUUUGUGUGUCGGGGUGCUUAUUUCUCUUUAUUUGGUUAGUUUGGAAAAGAUAUGCGAGGGGCAACAAGGAGGAUAUAGAAAGCUUAUCAAGGAAGGCUGCAGAUAUGCCCAAGAUGUUCACUUACAAGCAACUAUCAAAGGCCACAUGCAACUUCAGCAGAGAAAAUUUUUUGGGCAGAGGUGGUUUUGGUAGUGUUUAUAAAGGCUUCAUAUUAGACUCUGGGAAAACUGUAGCAGUAAAGCGGAUUUCAGCAUCUUCUAAGCAAGGUGAAAGAGAGUUCUUAGCAGAAAUAUGCACCAUCGGGCGUCUUAGGCACAAAAACAUUGUGCAGCUCCAAGGCUGGUGCAAUGAAGGCAAAAGACUUCUAUUGGUUUAUGAUUACAUGCAAAAUGGAAGCCUUGACUGCUUCAUAGGAAAGGACACUCUAAACUGGCAUGCAAGGCACAAGAUAUUGACAGGAUUGGCAUCAUCAUUACUUUACCUUCAUGAAGAGUGUGGAAACCCUGUUGUUCACAGAGAUGUUAAGCCCAACAAUGUCAUGUUGGACACUGAUUAUAAUGCUCAUUUAGGAGAUUUUGGGCUAGCAAGGCUACUCAAAAAUGAAAAUUCAGUUACUACAAAUCUAGCUGGAACUCCAGGAUAUUUGGCCCCAGAAGUAAGCUUUACUGGGAAGGCUACACCUGAAUCAGAUGUGUAUAGUUUUGGCAUGGUAGUACUUGAAGUCAUAUGUGGGAAAAGGUCAAAAUGGAUCAAGGAAGAGAACAGUUUUUUAGACUGUGUGUGGAAUUUGCAUGCUCAAAAUGCAUUGCUUGAGUGUGUAGAUAAACUACUAGAAAACCAAUUUGAUGAGGUAGAAGCCAAAAGGGCAUUGAUGGUUGGGUUGGCUUGUUUGCAUCCAGAUUCCAUGUUCAGGCCAAGGAUGAGAAAAGUGGUGAACAUUCUUCAAAACCCAAAUGAACCUUUAAUGGAAUUACCAGGAGUGAGACCCACUGGAGUUUAUCUAUCAGUUUCUUCUUCUACUACUACAUCAACAUCUGACUUUGGGUCUAGAGGCGAUCUACAACUUCAAUCAUCUACAAAAUCAUUGAAAGAAAUUUAG